AUGGCGGAGGACAAAAGCACUGAUGUCCCGCCCAUUGACUCUGAUACCAAUGUUGGCACUGCUGGCAACGGCAAGAAACAAAUCAUUCUGAAUGCGUUCGUGAUGAAUACUCCAGGCCAUCUGGCAGCUGGACAGUGGCGACACCCAAGGAACAAGACCGACCAGUACACGAAGUUGUCGUUCUGGACCGAUUUGGCACAACUACUCGACAAGGCCGGAUUUCACGCCAUGUUCAUCGCUGACACGCUGGGACCUUAUGAUGUAUACAAGGGCCCUGCGAAUGUCGUUCCAGCUUUGUCGUCUGGGGCGCAGUUUCCAGUCAGCGACCCUCUCUACCUGGUGCCGGCGAUGGCUGCGGUGACGGAAAACUUGAUCUUUGGGGUUACCGCCAGCUUGACGUAUGAAAAGCCGUAUGCACUUGCUCGUCGGCUUUCCACAGUCGAUCAUUUGGCCGAGGGUCGCUUUGCCUGGAACAUUGUCACAUCAUAUCUCGAUAGUGCGGCUCGCAACCAUGGUCUGAAAGAACAGAUCCCUCACGAUGAGCGGUAUGCGAUCGCGCACGAGUAUAUGGAGGUGCUCUAUAAGCUCUGGGAAGGAAGCUUCAGAGACGACGCUGUCCUGGCCGACCGCGAGCAGGGGGUCUACAUAUCAAGUGAUGCCGUCCGUCAGAUUCACCACAAGGGCAAGUAUUUCGAAGUUCCUGGACCUCACUUUGUUGAGCCGUCUCCGCAGCGCACUCCGUUCCUCUUUCAGGCCGGCGUCUCGGAAGCCGGAAACAACUUCGGAGGGAAGCACGGAGAAGCCAUUUUCAUUGGCGGACAAACUCCUGAGAGGGUCAAGGCAACAGUUGAUAGUAUCCGCGAAGUUGCAAAGAGAGAAAAUCGAGAUCCGGAUCAUAUAAAAGUCAUCCUCGGAAUCACGGUAAUUGUCGCCGCAACCGAUGAAGAGGCGUACGCCAAACGAGACGAACAUCUCAAGUAUGCCGACACCGAAGGUGUUUUGGCCCUUUUUGGUGGAUGGACGGGUAUCGACCUCUCUGUAUAUGGAGACGACGAAGAUCUUGCUCUCAACGGGUCACCCAACGUUUCAUCAGUUGUUCGGCGAUGGUCUAGCACCGUCCCUGGGACUGACAACCUACCAUGGACCAAGAGACGGAUCGUUGAGUACCUAGCCAUUGGGGGUUCUCAGGCGAAGUUGAUUGGUAGUGCCACAACCGUGGCUGACGAAUUGGAGAGAUGGGUGAACGUUACAGGCGUUGAUGGGUUCAAUCUUGCCCAUCUUGCCAACCCGGGCUCCUUCGAAGACAUCAUCGAAUACCUCAUUCCAGAGCUGCAGCGCCGGGGCCUGUUUAGGACGAAAGCUGAGAAGCCGGGCGCAACCGCGAGGGAAGUCUAUAUUGGGUCCAAAAGACUCCCUGAAGACCAUCCAGGAAGUCAGUUCAAAUGGCGCGCUGGGGAGGAGAUACCAAAAUACCAGGAGCAGAAGGGAGGUGCUAUGAAUGGGGAAUCGGAAAGUACCUGA